AACCCUUCUUGAAAUCCCUUCUCCUUCCUCCCGAAUCCCGCCUCUCUUCCACCCUAUUCUCCAAUGUUCUUCGUCUCCUCCAGGCCCUGUUGCUUCCGCGCGAUUCGCCGACGGGUCUGGGGAGCGAGAGCGGCUGCGGACUGAGAGGGUUCUUGGGAUCUUUCGUGUGUAUUUUGGGGAUUUCCUUCUUCCCGGAGGCACCUCAUAGAUUUUCUCGACAUCUUUCUCGUGCAUCGAUUUCGAUAGCUUGAUGAUCUCUGGGCACAGGGGAAAUCUUAUCAUUGUCUUGAUGUUUUUCCUGUAUGUUUGCGAGAGAAACCUCUUUUGCCUGAUUCUUGUUGCCAAAGAAUGGAACUAUCUUGAAUUGAUUCUUGGUGUCAAUGAGCAAUUCAUGUAGAUAAGAAAUCAGAUGACGAGGAAAACAUGCCUGAUCUCGUAGGGGUAACAUCCUGAUAUCUGGACAAAGACCUUGCUGGGUUCUUGACGCCAAAUAUAUGAUGGGGGUUUCACUUCUUCCUAGAGGGAUUUGAAGCUUGAAUGUUGUGAAUUGCUGAAGCUAUAUAGACACCCAUCUCCUGCGCAACCAACCAACGCAGUAAAGCCCUGGUGAAUGAGGCCAGACAAUGUUGAUACCAAGGAGUAUUUGAGUACUUUUGCAUCACAAGAUGGAAAAUGACAACUCAGUGCUCAUCAGCUUUUGUGGAGAAGAUAGCUAAUCAGAGAAAUAAUGGCUUAACACUGACAGCCGGUUAUACAUAAUUAUAAAGCCGAUGUUUCUGCCUCCAACCGAGAAGAUCAUGAUUUCGAGUUCAGGUAGCUGGAUGUGUAUUCCUCCUGCUGAAGCACCAGAAAAGCCAACAUUAACAGGUUUUCCUCCUGCUGAAGCACCAUUCUGUGUAUUCAGGUCAAAAGUUGCUCCUGCAGGCGUUGGAUUCCACCUUCUCUCUCUUUUCCGGAUGCGAGAGUGCCUGUGGAGAGGAAGGUGGAAGAAGAGCAGCGAAGCCAGAAAGUGGCGCAAGUAUCAAAUAAAUGUGUCGUUCCGAUAUAGGAAUCCCAUGCAGCACAAACAAACCUCUGUGAUGGGACAUGAGAACUGCUCUCUUUCUGUCGUGUGGGGCUCCUUCUGGAUCAACUCACUCAUGGUGUUCUUUUCCUGUAAAUGACACACGAAAAAGAAAGCUAGCGACGCAUGAGCUGUGUUGCACUGAAACGUCAUCAUGCUCACCACCUGUUGCUUUCAUGCAGGAAGAACAGCUCAAAACUGGUGAGGUUGACAUGCAAGAACACCUCAUGUUUGAUGCACAGACAAGACACGGUAAAGACUGGCAGCAGCAUCUUGCCCGAAGACUAGUUCAACUCCCCUCCAAGCAGUAGCAACAGGCGAGGAGGAGCCUUUCCUCUACGGUCUUCUCUUACAGCUCCAUAGGACACGUCAUUAGCUGUGGGACCCACGGAGAUCUUCCGAAAGAUCCACCUUUCCAUUGUGCUUGGAUCCGACAGCAGUCAGCAAGCGAGAGGUGGCCACUUACCAUUCUGCUGCUUUCGGGUGAAGUGACAGUAACUUGCUACCUUAUCUUCCAGUCUGAAAGAAAAGGAUUCUGUGAUGUCUCCAUAUAAAAUUCGUGAUCCGCCCUCCGUCGAGGUCGUCCUCGAUCCACCACGACGUCUGCAGCUGGAGCACUUUUGAUGAUGAGGGGUUUGGAGAAGGAGAACGACCCCACGUCCGUCGCCCCUCCAGCCGUGGCGCCGCCUUCGAAGAAGGAUCGACAUGUCGUUACUUGGACGCCUCGGGAGGAUGAUUUGCUCCGGGAGCACAUCGCUCUUCACGGAACUGCCAAUUGGAGGAGUAUCGCCGCUCUAUUCAAUGGCAAGACAAGUCGCCAGUGCCGGAGAAGAUGGUAUACCUACAUGAAUUCAGAGUGUAAGAAAGGUGGGUGGUCUGCAGAAGAGGACAUGCUCUUAUGCGAGGCACAGAAGAUUUUUGGGAACAGAUGGACAGAGAUUGCAAAGGUGGUUUCAGGAAGAACUGAUAAUGCUGUAAAGAACCGGUUCUCCACCCUCUGCAAGAAAAGGGCAAAACUUGAAGCCUUUUCCAAGGAGAAUACGAGUUCAUCAUCGGAUUUAGGUACUUCAAGGGUUAUAGUUCAAGAUAGAUAUGCUGCAGCAGCGAUGGGGGAAUCAUCAGUAUCUAAUAAGAAAAUAAGGUAUCACAUCUCUCAUCCCAAGGAGAUUGUUGACGGACAUAGGAAGCUUCUUGGGGAACAUGUAUCAGAGCAAAACCAACGAAGGCCACCUCUAGCAGCACUUGUUCAAAAUAUUAACUCUAUUAAUGGGUUGACCAACAACACAAGAGGAUCCCUUUGUGAUGCUUCCAACAAAGAUACUCAAGGCACUUUUCUCAGGAAAAACGAUUCAAAAUUAACUGCCUUGUUGCGGCAAGCUGAAUCGCUUACUUCCCUGUCCAUGAAAAUUAAUGCUGAGGAUACCAACCAGUGUUCCGACGAGGCAUGGAAGGAACUUCAAGAUUACUUGAUCCAAACUGAAGAUGGUGAAUCACUGACAAGAAGAAUAUCCAGAAUGGGGUGUAUGCCAGAUGAUCUCAGAAACUUGAUAGAAGAUGUAAAUAGCACUAAAGAAGAAGGGCAGCAGCCAGUGAGGCAAUUUGAUUCUGAUGAAGAUUCUCAAGGGAGUUCUGACUGCAGUACAGGUUCAACCCACAAUGUGAAUGCUGGGGAAAGCGGAAGCAUUCAUCAUUAUGAGGAUUGUUCACUGCACAAAGAUAAUGAGGUCAGUCAUCUUAAAGAUGAUGCUGCACAUUCCAGCAUGAACUCUUCUCCAGAGACAAUCUUAUCAUUGUCUCCAAUGCCAAAGGACGAAAUUGUGAAUGGCUGCACGAGCUCAGAAUUCACAUCUCCGCCCCAGACAAUCCCACUUUUCCAAUCUUUUGCAGAUGGAAUUCCGACUCCUGUCUUUACUUCAAGUGAGAGGAAUUUCCUGCUUAGCGUGCUUGAUUUUUCAUCCAUGGGCACCAAGACCAACUCCUCUGAGCAGCCAUCUUGCAAGAAGGCGCUUCUUCAUAGCUUCAAGCCAUCCUAGUAAGUGAUUUAGUAGGUCCUACCCUAUUUCUUAAAGCGUUUUACUUUGGAAUUGAGAAAUUCUUCCUCUCCUCCCUUGACGAUUCAGUUAUUUCUGAAUUUAGACGUCAUAUGUCCCAGAAAAAGUAUACAGAUUCUCGCUUAGUUCCUUCUUCCGUUCUUGAACUUAAGUUGCAGCUUUGUCCUGAUUUUAUCAUAGGCACUUUUUGAGUCUGCACAUACAAAAUAGGUGUGUCCUCACUGGUGCAUUGCAAUGUCACCGGCUUUUCCAUCACCAAGCUGUGGUACUGCUUGGUUGCAUACGUGUACAUGCACCAACUAUAAUGGUGCUCAUUUACCAUUCUUUCUCUGAAAGGGUGUAUUUAGUAUUUCCGGUGUUUGCUUUAUUGUUCAUGUAUAAAAGGUCAUUAUUGUGUACUGUACAAGCCAUAUUUACCACAACAUAAGGUCAGUCAGAUAUUCUCUUUCUUUGGUUUGGUGUGCAAGUCAGAAUAAGAAACAUGUCCUUGGUUGCAUGAGUCCCCUGUUACCUUUUCUUCCCUCAUCUGCUUAAUUGAUGGGGCAGGUAUGAGUCCUAGAUUUGAUUUUCGUGUGGACCUUUUUCUUUUCCCUUCUUUCUCAUAUGUAUGUAAUUUGUCCCAUGUAUGUAUAUCAUAUGGCAAUGAAAUAUAUGGUUCUUCAAGUGUUUUUUAUUUGUCUCUUUACCCAGUGUCACAAUGUAUUAAUUAACGAAGUCCAGAAACUUUGUAUGUCUUGUUUAUAGAGAGGUCAACCAUUGUGCUCGCUGGUUGGCCUGAUGCUAAUAAAGUGGAUCAGAUAUGGAUUCUAUUGGGAUAUA